AUGGCCGCCGCUGCCUCCGUGACCAGCCUGGCUGAUGAGGUCAACUGCCCCAUCUGCCAAGGCACCCUGAGGGAGCCGGUCACCAUCGACUGCGGCCACAACUUCUGCCGCGGCUGUCUCACCCGCUACUGCGAGGUCCCGGGCCCCGAAUCCGAGGAGUCCCUCUCCUGCCCGCUCUGCAAAGAGCCUUUCCGGCCGGGGAGCUUCCGGCCCAACUGGCAGCUGGCCAGCGUGGUGGAGAACAUUGAACGCCUCUCGCUGGCGUCGGCGCUGGGCACAGAGGAGGAGCAUGUCUGUCAGCAGCACGGGGAGAAGAUCUACUUCUUCUGCGAGGAGGACGAGGCGCAGCUGUGCGUGGUGUGCCGCGAGGCCGGGGAGCACAGGGCACACACCGUGCGCUUCCUGGAGGACGCCGCGGGCCCCUACAGGGAACAAAUACAGAAGUGUCUUAAGUGUCUGAGAAGAGAGAGAGAGGAAAUUCAGGAAGUCCAGUCAAGAGAGAAUGAAAGAAUGCAAGUCCUCCUGACUCAGGUGGCCACCAAGAGACAGCAGGUGAUUUCCGAGUUUGUGCAUCUGCGCCAGUUCCUGGAGGAGCAGCAGAGAAUCCUCUUAGCACAGCUGGAGGGGCUGGAUGGGGACAUCCUGAAGCAACAGGAAGAGUUCGAUUUCCUGGUCACCGGGGAGAUCUGCCGGUUCAGUGCCCUGAUCGAAGAGCUGGAGGAGAAGAACGCGAGGCCAGCGAGAGAGCUGCUGACGGAUAUCAGAAGCACGCUAAUAAGAUGUGAAACCAGAAAGUGCCGGAAACCAGAGGCUGUAUCCCCUGAGCUGGGCCAGAGGAUUCGGGACUUCCCGCAGCAGACCGCCCCACUGCAGAGAGAGAUGAAGAUGUUCCUGGAAAAACUCCGCUUUGAGUUGGACUAUGAGCCAGCUUACCUGGCUCUGGACCCCCUGACGUCCCACCCCAAGCUCCUCUUGUCCGAGGACCACCAGCAAGCUCGGUUCUCCUACAAGUGGCAGAACUCGCCAGACAACCUCCAACGUUUUGACCGGGCCACCUGUGUCCUGGCCCACAAUGGCUUCACGGGGGGAAGACACACGUGGGUGGUGAGUGUAGACUUGGCCCACGGGGGCAGCUGUACCAUGGGCGUGGUGAGUGAGGGUGUGCAGAGAAAGGGAGAGCUUCGCCUGCGGCCAGAGGAGGGGGUGUGGGCAGUGAGGCUGGCCUGGGGCUUCGUCUCGGCUCUGGGCUCCUUCCCCACACGACUGGCCCUGAAGGGGCAGCCCCGGCAGGUGCGGGUGUCUCUCGACUACGAGGUGGGCUGGGUGACCUUCACCAAUGCUGUCACCCAGGAACACAUCUACACCUUCACUGCCUCCUUCGCUCGGAAGGUCUUUCCCUUUUUCGGGCUCUGGGGCCGAGGGUCCAGCUUCUCCCUGAGCUCUUGA